AUGGCAAAGGUCGAAGGAGCUCCAGCACAUGGCACCGUAGCCCACUUGCUUCCUUUGACGUACAAGCGAUAUGUCUCGGAAUGGCUCGAAGAGGACACGCCGAGCUUCGACUAUGGAGGCUUCGUCGUUGGUGAAGAGCAAUCAGAAGCCAAGCUGUUAGGCAAGAGCGAGAAAAUCACCCAUUGCGCCACGGUCCGCGGGCCAGUUCGCAAUCUGCUCCUCGGCGAGCGCGUAGCGCUCAACACUCUUGCCCGUUGUUCAGGCAUCGCAACAAAGUCCAACCGCCUUCUCACUCUGCUGCGUAAAGCAGGCUACCAGAACAUCCUUGCUGGCACUCGCAAGACAACACCUGGUUUCCGAUUGGUAGAGAAGUACGGUAUGCUUGUUGGUGGCGUCGAUGCCCACAGAGUUGAUCUGUCACACAUGACGAUGUUGAAGGACAACCACAUCGUGGCCGCAGGGAGCAUCACUAAUGCAGUGCGGGCCGCGAAGUCUGCGGGUGGGUUUGCUACCAAGAUUGAAGUCGAAUGCCAGAGCUUCGAAGAAGCAGACGAAGCUAUUGCCGCUGGAGCAGACAUUGUCAUGUUGGACAACUUUACACCCGACGGUGUCAAGGCCGCGGCUGCGCAGCUGAAAGAGAAGUGGGGACGAGGCACGGGAGACAGGAAAUCGUUCCUGGUCGAGGUCAGUGGAGGCCUUACGGAACACAAUGUGGAGAAGUAUGUCUGCGCCGACAUCGACAUCGUCAGCACGAGCAGCAUACAUCAGGGUAGGUGGUCUGAACAAAGAAGCACUCGCACGGAGGCGCUUAAGAUUACAAGAGCAAGCAAAGCAAAAAGCGCCACCUCACCCGCGGGAACUGUCUCCUUCCAGAUCAACGACGAACGCUUGCUUGAGCUGUAUUACGAGUAUUUCUGGGCUCCUUUUCCAAUUGUUCUUCCACAGCACUUCUUCCAGGCAAGGAAGAAAAGCGAAAAUCAUGGAUUAGGUGAGCUAUCGCUAGUUCUGGAGUGGAUCGGGUCCCUAUAUGCUUCUUGGUGCCCAUCAGAGCCGUACUAUCUGGCGGCACUUGACGCUGUAAGCUCGCCGUCAUUACCGCGAACACCUUUCAACGUUCAGACUAUUAUGCUCUUCGCGGUCGCCCAGCAUCAUCAGGACAUGCGGUCAGAAUCUCGGAAGAUAUUAGACCUAGCCAUUCUGGUUGCGCUGGAGCUCGACAUGAAUAAACGAGACUUUGCCCGUCUGUGGGGUGAAGGAAACCCCGUCUUGGAAGAGUCUUGGAGACGAACUUGGUAUAUGCUGGUCACCAGCGACCAGCAUUUUUCGAUUGUGAUGAACACACCUGUAUAUCAACUUUGUGAUAUGCCUAGCGAUGUCUACCUGCCCUGCGACGAUGAGUUUUACGUAGCAGGAGACAUACCGACACCUGCGACUUACCAAGAGAUGCAAGAUCGGGAGUUUGCAGACAUUGAAGUUGUAUAUUCUUCUCUCGCGUAUCUACAUGAUAUGGGCAGAACCCCUCGUACCGCGCUAACGAUUCAAGUAAUGAGUUCGUUUGCCGCCAACCCACGGUUCAAUAGAGAGCUUAUCGAUAGUAUGGAUGCAAAGAUAGCUAUAUGGCAUUCUCAGCUUCCGUCCGUCAAGCGAGAUCCGAUGCGAAAGGAUGGCACAGUGGACGAGAUCAUGUUCACGGCUCACAUGAUUGGAGCGAUUGUUUUAUUGACAAUGCAUCGACCCCUGUCUUCACUAGUCUAUCACGAUGCGGAGCUCCGAACGACCGCCUUCGCAGCACCAACGCCAUUCACCAUACCCGCCGUGCCCUCAAGAAACGUGCACACUGCACGAGUACUGAGAGUGAUCGAGAUCCAGACCAAACUCCUUGCCAUCCCUUGCACUAUCGAGAAACACAGUGUCUUCGCCAUGUGCCCAAGUGCACUAAUCGCAGCCGCUCAGGUGUCAGCGUGCAACAACCUCCUCGAAGACCACGCUCUGUCCAUAGCCCGCGAUCGCAUCAAGCUAAGCAUUGGGUUUUUGAGUUCAAUGGGCUCGAUAUGGCCGUCGGGGAAGGCUAUGGCGAAGGAUGUGCGUGCAAUAGCUCGAUCGAUACUGUACAUGCCGCCGAGUGUCACGACAGUGGGGUGUGAUCCGUCAGCCGAGAUCGAGAUACCGCGGGACGAGCUGAUCUGGCCAGUCGACCCUUCAGCAGGCGUCGAUAUCUACAGCGGUAUUGUAAUGCCAGUGGACUGGGACCAGAUGACUUCUGGUUAUUCUUCGUCGGCGCCGGUAGACUUCGAUGCGGCUGUCUUCCAACCGUCUAGUCUCGAUGAUCUUGGCUUAUAG